ACAGGGAGGUCAGAAACGUGCUGGUGUCACGAGUGCAAUAGAGUAUUUAUGUGUACAUCUAAUGGAUAACUCAUUUCAGUGUUUUUAGUCAGCAGUGUAGUAAGUGGCAUGGCAUGGAACGUGACCUGUCUUAUUGUAUGGGAAGUGUAACACAACGUUUUGUACAACACAAAAAUACUCAGUCUAAAACUUAGAUCAGACCAGUGUUGGUGAUUACUGAAUAUUGAUGUUCUGUUGGAAAUCUAUAAUGGUUUAAAUUAAACACAAUGAACGUGUGUUUCAGCAGGGUCAACUAAGAAUGAAAAUGAACUAGUUUAAACCGACUUACACUGCAUCUGCCCCCCUCAUUCCUACAGGAGUAGGGGAAGGAGGAGGGGCUGGAGUGGAAGAGCGAUGUAUGUUAUACAAGAAAGACUAAGGACAGUUUUAUUAUUGUUUUUUUUUUUUUUUAUGUUUUUGUCACAAAUCUGAUGACUGCAUAUGACUACAGAGUAAUUUGGUAUAGUUCCAACCUUAUCAUAUCUCAUACGCUUCGUCUUUAAUGUGAAUUCUUAUGCACAAUAGUGACUAAAGUGUGUAUCCCAUUUCAUCAAAGAUGGGUCAAAAAGUGAAACCAAUGCUGACAUAAGUUUCAGUGUUCUAACACCAUAGCAGUGGACAGGUCCUCAAAAUGGAUACUUUCAACUGAAAUGUUUAAUUUAAAAGGUCAGCAAUUACUGUUUUACCACAUGUUCCUGUUUGAAGAAUCAUCCGGUCCUAGUCUAAAGCAGGUUAUUUCCAGAUUAGGUCAGGUGUUAUGUUACGACUUAUUGACCUCACUUUAAUUUAGGGUCUUGGGGUGGGACCAACCCUAGUCACCUGACUUACUUCAUUCAUUUUGAUAAAUGAUUGAUGCUGCGCUGUCAAAGAGAGGUGGUGCUUUAGAGUAAGGAGGAGGAGGAGGAGGAGGAGGAGGAGGAGAGGAGCCACAUUGCUCCUCUGUGUAGGUUGGGCUUAAUCUUAGGAGAGAACUCCCACCUCCACGACUGAGGCGUUAAAUUCUGAAUAUCUGUUCACCUCUUUUGAUGUCAAGCCAGAAUCUGGAGGCAGAGCCAGACAAGACGCAAUGAAAGGGGACAAAGUAAAAGCAGGUCCUCCCAAUGGAGCAAAUAAGAACAUGUCCAGUCCUUCAGUUCAGGAUGACAAGAUGCAGGAGAGAGGCCAGUGGAGCAACAAGCUGGAGUUUCUGCUGUCGGUUGCUGGGUCCAUCAUUGGGCUGGGGAACAUGUGGCGCUUCCCUUAUCUGUGUUACAAGAAUGGUGGAGGUGCAUUUCUCAUUCCAUACCUGAUUUUCCUUUUCACCUGUGGAGUACCACUGUUUUUUCUGGAGAUUUCUCUCGGCCAGUUCACCAGUGAAGGGGGCAUCACCUGCUGGAGAAAGAUUAGCCCACUCUUUGAGGGUCUUGGUUAUGGUACACAGGUCAUUGUCUGCCUGUUGAACUUCUAUUACAUCAUUGUUUUGGCGUGGGGCAUUUUUUAUUUUUACUUCUCUUUCUCUUGGGAUCUACCAUGGGCCUCUUGUAACAACACCUGGAAUACUGAGACCUGUGUGGAGUUUCAAAGAAGAAACGAGUCUGUGAACAUCACCCUACAGGAAAAUGCUACCUCUCCUGUCAUGGAAUUCUGGGAGAGAAGGGUAUUGCGGCUUUCCCCAGGAAUUGACCAUAUGGGGUCAUUAAACUGGGAUCUGGCUCUCUGUUUACUUAUUGCUUGGGUCCUGUGUUACUUCUGCAUUUGGAAAGGAGUUAAGUCAACUGGAAAGGUUGUAUACUUCACUGCCACCUUUCCUUAUCUCAUGUUGAUCGUUCUACUAAUCCGAGGCGUUACUUUACCUGGAGCUUACCGGGGAAUUGAGUUCUACCUCUAUCCUGAUUUGGGACGUUUAGCAGAUCCACAGGUGUGGAUGGAUGCAGGCACCCAGAUCUUCUUCUCAUAUGCUAUUUGCAUUGGAUGCUUGACAGCACUGGGAAGUUACAAUAAAUACAACAAUAACUGCUACAGGGACUGUUUGGCCUUGUGCUUUCUCAACAGUGGAACAAGCUUUGUGGCUGGCUUUGCCAUUUUCUCCAUCUUGGGUUUCAUGUCUUAUGAGCAAAAUGUUCCCAUUUCCGAAGUUGCCGUAUCUGGCCCUGGGCUUGCCUUCAUUGCCUACCCACGUGCUGUGUCUAUGAUGCCAUUCUCUUCACUGUGGGCAUGCUGCUUUUUCAUCAUGAUUAUCUUUCUGGGGCUAGACAGCCAGUUUGUGUGUGUGGAGAGUCUGGUGACGGCUGUAGUUGAUAUGUAUCCAGCUGUGUUCCGGCAAAAAAACCGCAGGGAGGUCUUCCUUUUGGCCCUGUCAUUUAUGUCCUUCUUGGUAGGGCUGGUCAUGCUUAUGGAGGGUGGCAUGUAUGUCUUCCAGCUCUUUGAUUACUAUGCUGCCAGUGGCAUGUGUCUUCUCUUCAUGGCCAUUUUUGAGUCCGUUUGCAUUGCAUGGGUGUAUGGGGCUGAUCGUUUCUAUGACAAUAUUGAGGACAUGAUUGGAUACCGUCCAGGACCUAUGAUAAAGUAUUGUUGGAAGUUUUUCACUCCAGUGACCUGCAUUGGCACUUUUGCUUUCUCCUUAAUUAAGUAUACUCCUCUGAAGUACAAUAAUGAGUAUGUGUAUCCGUGGUGGGGUUAUAUGGUUGGCUGGCUUUUGGCUCUGUCCUCCAUGGUCUGCAUUCCACUCUGGAUGAUCUUCAAAAUCUGCACCACAGAAGGAACUCUGAGAGAGCGUAUUCAGAAGCUCACAAAAGCCUCCGAAGAUUUACCCAGAACAAGGAAAGAGCAGGAGAAAUUACUGGCUAUUUUUGCCCCAGAGGGUGAACAGACUAUGUCUUACAAAGCUGGCUAUGCUCCUGUCGGCAUGGAGGACUCUAAAUGCUAGUUUGGGGAUACAUGGGCACAACUUUAAGAAUUUUACAAGCCUCUUCAGUGGUUCCUCUGUUUGUGACGCUUUGCAUGCAGCAACAAGAUGGGAGUAAGACUAGACAAUUGAAUAUCGAAGGCUUUUAUUUUUCCAUUCAGGUGUUUCUGUGCUUUCUUCAUUUCUUUGACUUUUUAAAACCUCAUUAAUGCAUAGCAGUUUAAUACAUGAGUACAUUUUGGUACUAAUGCUGGGCCUAAUGGUUUUUUUUUCUUAAUGUGUUGAAGACUUCAUUCAUUUUUCUCACGUUGUAAAUGUAGCCUAAUGGUGCACAGGUAGAAUAAGCAAUUAUCCUUGUAAUGUACAUUUAUAUGUAAAAUGGAAAUUACAAGUUUGAUUAAAAAAUGUUUUAAAAUGUC